AUGCCGCCGUGGGGCGCCGCCCUCGCCCUGCUCCUGGCCGCGUUCGCCCUGCUUGGCCUGCUCGCCGCGCUGCUGCGGCGCCCCGGGAGGCGCGCCGUCGGAGCGAGGACCCUGCCGGGGGCGCAGGGCCAAGACCACGAGGAGGAGGUGGACGGCGCAGGCCCCGCGGACCAGUUCAGCUACGGGCGUGAGCCUCUGCCCGGCGGGUGCAGGCUCAUCUGUAAGCCGUCGGCGCUGGCCCAGUGCCUGCUGCGCGCCUUGCGACGCUCGACAGCGCUGGAGCCGGGCCCGCGCUCCUGGCUCUCCGGGCCCCACCUGCAGACCCUCUGCCAUUUCGUGCUGCCGGUGGGGCCGGGGUCCGAUCUGGCCCGGGAGUACCUGCAGUUGGCGGACGACGGGCUGGUGGCCCUGGACUGGGUCGUGGGACCUUGCGCCCGGGGCCGCCGGGUCACCAAUGCCGGAGGCCUCCCGGCGGUGCUGCUGGUGAUCCCCAAUGCCUGGGGACGCCUCACCCGCAACGUGCUCGGCCUCUGCUUGCUGGCCCUGGAGCGCGGCUACUACCCGGUCAUCUUCCACCGUCGCGGCCACCACGGCUGCCCACUGGUCAGCCCCCGGCUGCAGCCUUUCGGGGACCCGUCUGAUCUCAAAGAGGCCAUCACUUACAUCCGCUUCCGACACCCCGCAGCCCCGCUGUUCGCGGUGAGCGAGGGCUCGGGCUCGGCGCUGCUGCUGUCCUACCUGGGCGAGUGUGGCUCCUCCAGCUACAUGACCGGUGCAGCCUGCAUCUCGCCGGUGCUAUGCUGCCGCGAGUGGUUUGAGGCCGGCCUGCCCUGGCCCUACGAGCGGGGCUUUCUGCUCCACCAGAAGAUCGCCCUCAGCAGGUAUGCCACAGCCCUGGAGGACACAGUGGAUACUGGAAAACUUUUCAGGAGCCGCUCCCUGCGAGAGUUUGAAGAGACCCUCUUCUGCCACACCAAGAGCUUCCCCAUCAGCUGGGACACCUACUGGGACCACAACGACCCCCUCCGGGAUGUGGAUGAGGCAGCCGUACCUGUGCUAUGCAUCUGUAGUGCCGAUGAUCCUGUGUGCGGGCCCCCAAACCACUUUCUGCCAACUGAACUCUUUCACAGCAACCCCUACUUCUUCCUCCUGCUCAGCCGUCACGGAGGCCACUGUGGCUUCCUGCGCCAGGAGCCCUUGCCAGCCUGGAGCCACGAGGUCAUCUUGGAGUACUUCCGGGCCUUGACUGAGUUCUUCCGAACGGAAGAGAGGAUGAAAGGGCUGAGCAGGCGCCGAGCUUCAUUCCUAGGGGGCCGGCGUCGCUGGGGAACCCUGCCAAAGCGGGAGGUCUCUCCCUCUUCCAACCUGGAAGAGAUCUUUAGCUGGAAGAGAUCGUAUACAAGGUGAGACCUGACCCAAGAACCCGCCAGCCCUGCGAGGAAGAACAGAGCUGGGCACGGCUGAGUCCUGAAAAGGCAGUGAGGACUGAAUGGGGCAGGCAGCUUCAGCUCUUUGCCCCUGAUUCAGCCCCUUCUCUCUUAAACUGGUCUGUGGAAAGAGAUGGAACUUCCAGCAAGCUAGCGUUCAUUUGCCCCUGAGCAGAACUCCUGCCCAGGCUCUGCUCUACAGAUGCCAACUCAUCCUGGUUCAGCAGCUGGGCAUUCCCCGUCACUGUCCCCUGUCACCGACUUCAUAAGCCAAAGAAUAUCUCCAUGUAUGUCCCUGGACUCAAGAGAAAAUGCUCGCUCACAGCAAAGAUACAGAGGAGAUGAGUUUUGUGAGCCAUUGGGCAGGUCUGUGCCACAUAAAUAAUCAGCUCUGCGACGCUGGUUCUCAAGCUGGAGCCACUUGAUGUAGGGAGGACAGGAUGUUUGUGUCUCGAUGCCACUUCCCUCAUUUUUUUCUGCGGCUGUGGCGCUCUGCUGACUUCACGUGGUGGCAGAUGUGGAAGCGGCUCACAGAGCCAACGCGUCUUGCGUUGAGUGUGAGAUAGGCCCAUAGGCAGUAAGUGCUGUGCUGAGACUGGGUUGGGGAGGGCAACCAGCUAGAAAGCGUGAACGCCUGCGUCUGGAACACCAAGGGCCAGUCUUUUGGUUGAGUUCUGCAAGUCCUGACUGGGAGUGGGGCUGAUCUGGGGCUUCAGCCUAGGACCUCAAGACUCACUAGAGAGAUCCCAAGGAUGAUUUUAGGAAGAGGAAAUCCUCGCAGGGUCUGCUUGGCCAUGGCUCAAGGAGCCAGGCUCUCAGACAUUCUAGCUGCUCCCUCCAGUACCAUUUCGGGGGAUUACUCCAGAGAGUUCUAGCGAGAGGUGUUUUUCUCCUGAGAUGUGGGCUUUCUCUAAGUGGUAAAAGUAUAAACCUCAUAUCUUAGGUGUUUUUUUGGUUAGUUGCCCUCUUUUCUGACACUACUACUAGUCUUUCCCUCUCCAGACCCUGGAGGGACAUCUGGGACCAGAGAAAGCAAACAAAAUUUCCAAGAGAUUGGCUAGAGCUGACUCAGUGAUUUAUGAAUAUUUCACAUUGCCAUGCUUUUUCUGCUCAGUUAUUCAAAAGGCCAUCCAUGUAGAUGCAGGAAAAGCUUCCUCCUGGAUCUGACCACUCAGUGACUGAUAGGCUCUUUGGUUUUAUGAGGACUAAUGCUUAAGAUCAGAGUAAAAUAAGGCAUUGUACAGAUUGACCCACACCUUGGUUUGGAUUAGGCCAUUAAGCAAUACAAUAGGACAUCCAGUUCCUCCCAGAAAAGCUUUGCCCUGAAGUUUUAAUUGGUCAUCAAGAAAGAAGGCACCUGUUUUGACAGGAAGCUCCAUACUGGCCUCACAAAUACCAAAGCAAUUUGAAGAAGGAGAGAUGUUUACCAAAAGCCAUAUCCUAAGGCUUGGUAUGAGGAAUUUCUGGGGCCAUCAUUUUAGGUUUGGAUAAUUUUAGCCCAUCCUUGUUCCUCUGGAUCAAAUAAGAAGAAACUCUGAACUAUCCAAGAAUCUAAACUGAAAUGCAGACAACAUUCAAUUGUCUAAGGCACAUUAUCCUGUCAUGAAAAAAUUCCCUCCCUCCUUCCCCACUUCUUGUUCCUCCUCCUCUGUGUUCCUCAUCUAACAUUCUCUCACCAUUUCUGAGCAGGAGAGAUAAUAAGGAAGUGAACCCUAAAGAAGCUGUUGUACUUCUGGUUAACGCCUUGGUAUAAGGCUUGGCAAAGAAGAAUUACUGACAUCUGGCCAGCCCCCUCCCCCAGCAUCUGGUACAGUGGGGAUUUCAGUUUAUUAGGUCUUGCAGUCCCAUAUGCAGGACCCUAUAAUCAUUCAGAACUCACUGCAAAAUGGGGAGCAGUCCAGUGGUUUUUAACCACCCCCCACCCUCACCCCCCAGGAUUAAAGGGCCCCUAAGGGCUAAAAUCCAGAUUGUUUCUCUAGCCCAGAUACCACGGGACUCUGGUUAAGAUAAUAGCUUUUGGAGAAAUCAUGGUUCCUUUUUUACAGGAAAGCCAGCUUGUGGGGUGGGGUGGGGGAGGAUAUAUAUAUAUAUAUAUAUAUAUAUAUAUAUAUAUAUAUUUUCCAGUUAUAGUCUUAAAGCUCUGUGAACAGCAGAACAGCCCUUGUCCCUUGGAUCCCCUUGGAUCCACAGCCCUAAUGACCUAAACCCUAAAGUAUUUCUCCUCCAUGCCCCUGUGCCAGAGGUACUCAUAGCCAUUCUCAGGAAGCUACCUCUCUCUCAUCUUCUCAUUACCAUUUGGUGACAUCACUGCUUUUCAAGCCAUUUUUGCCAAGAAAGCGUAGUUCCUGUUCAAGCAGGUUUGGGUGACCCUGUCCUUCAGUCUAACGACGAAGGAAUCACCCAAAUUGGCUCUGCUUUGGUUAAUAGCUAAUUAUAUGAAACCAGAUGGAGGAACCCCAGGCACACAUUCUGAGAGAAUGCAUGGCCCUAAAAACAAGUGACAGGGCUUCCCUGGUGGUGCAGUGGUUGGGAGUCUGCCUGCUAAUGCAGGGGACACGGGUUCGAGCCCUGGUCUGGGAAGAUCCCACGUGCCACGGAGCAAUUAGGCCUGUGAGCCACAACUACUGAGCCUGCGCGUCUGGAGCCUGUGCUCCGAAACAAGAGAGGCCGCGAUAGUGAGAGGCCCGCGCACCGCGAUGAAGAGUGGCCCCCGCUUGCCACGACUAGAGAAAGCCCUCGCACAGAAACGAAGACCCAACACAGCCAAAAAUAAAUAAAUAAAAAUUAAAAAAAAACCAAAGUGACAAAUUAUGAGUUUGGGGAAGCAAGAAACAAACAACAAAACAAACAAAACCCAAAGAAGUACCACUGAGUUGGGAGUUUUCCAGGUAGCAAGUCUUUGGCAAUCCUCUCAGGUCUCAUUCACUUGCUUGCCUCCCUUUUGGUCUCUUCAUUAUUUAUAAACACCUUCAAAUGGUAAAGGGGGAAAAGAAAACACAACCCAAUUACAAUAAAGGAGGCAUAAUCUCAGACCUGAGUUAUCUGUCUCCACCCACUGGAUCAGAAUGCAGGAAGCAGACAACUGCUUCUCAAGGUUUCCUUGAGUCCUACUAAGUUCUGACCUCUGAUACCAAAGACUGUGCUAAGCUAUAACUUAAUUCUCUUAAAGAUUUAGUAUUUUAUGUAUUUAUGCAUAGGUUUCCAAGGUGGCUUGGCCAGAGAUGACAAUAAUAAAAAAACAUAGCACCGAAUCCUCAUUUUGAGGUGUCAUCUCUGUUUUGAGUGAAGAUAUCCUUGCUAAGACUUGAGUACUGUUAGAAAAGAGGUCUUGACACAGGAAGUGUCAUCUUAGCUUUAUAUAUAACCUCAAAACCACCCCAGAGUCAGAAGUUCCUCUGUACUCAUCUUCCACCCAGACCACAGGAUCCUUUGUCAGUCAGUCACCCUUAGUAAUGCCAUGGUUUCUUCCUUUAGAAAUGAACUUUAGUAUAAAGUUCCCUCCCUGAUUAAACAGGCAGAUAUACUUGGCCACUUUGGCAGAACUUGCCAAUGAUACCAAUGAGUCAAUGAUACCAAUGAUACCAAUGAUCCUACAGCCAAGCCACAGAAGAUGGCAUCAGAAACUGUUUUCACUAGUUAUGACAGUUUGUAGAGUUAAGAUUAAGAAGCUAUACCUAGGGAGUGUCUGAGUGCCCAGGGAUGGAAUGAAUGCCUUAGGAAGCAGCAGGUCCCACAUCAUUGGUGGUAUACACAAGCUAGACUGCUCCUAGGCACGUAUCAUGGAGGGGACAUGUGCUGAGAAAUAAGGGUGGCCUACAUUAGAUAUAAGGUCUCUUCUCAUCCGAGAGUUGGUGACUGGAAAUAAUGCUAACGAGCUCAGUUGUAACGACUUCUGGUUGGUUUAUGGGCUUGAGGAUCAGAUCACAGACCUGAUCCAAAUUCUGGGAGUUGGGAUAUGACAUAAAGAUUUUAAUGAAAAUAACCCUACCAAAGUGACCAGAGGAUGUUUUAAGACAUCUAAUAAUUAUGCUCUGAAGUAUCCAGGAAGAGCUAGAAGUUUAGAGGAAAAGUAGAAUUUCAUUAAAAGAAACAAUAAAAGAUAUUAACACUUAAAAAACAAAUGUCUCUGGCUCCUCCAGCCUUCCUGUGUAAUAAGGUAUCUUGCUCUAGUGUCUAUCACUAGUGAGACUGAAGAAAAAAUCCUCUCAGCUUGUUUGCCUCUGAAUAAUAAAUUGCAGUC